AUGGCGGGCAGCAGUAGCAUGGCACAGCGGCACUGCAGCAGGCGGCAGGUCGUCGACACCCCAAGUAAUAAGUUAUUACUGCUAGUUGUGGUGGCCUCCCUAUCCUUGGGGCAUUGUGCAGGAGCUGGUUUGUCCUUGCACUCCUUGCCUGACUGCCAACGCAAAUGCGGUGACAUAAGCAUCCCCUACCCUUUUGGCAUCAACGGUGCCUGCUCCCGGGAGGAUGCCUUUAGUGUCAUAUGCGAUGAGGAAUAUCAAGCGUUGUAUCUUGGGAAGAACAAGAGCCUUCGGGUGUUGGAAAUCAACGUGGCCCAGGGCGAAGUCCGCGUCGAGAAUCGCAUAUCAAGUAGCUGCCACAACCACACCGACAACCCCAACUUCUCAGAAGUGCAUCAGCCUAUCUUCAGAUUUGACAACCCUUAUUUCGUUGUUUCCAGCACCAAGAACAAACUCACAGCAAUUGGGUGUGCUACGGUUGCAAUCUUGUAUGGCCAGAACGAGAACCAGCUUAGUGGUUGCGCGUCGUUCUGCGACAAGCACGGCAUUGACAAUAGCGCACAGUGCACUGGCAUGGGCUGCUGCCAUGCUUCUAUCCCUGACAACCUCAAGUAUUUGGACACAUUAUUUGCAGCAGUAAACCAUAUAAACUACAGCCAUGUCUGGGAAUACAGCCCAUGCAGCUACGCUUUCAUCGCCGAGCAAAACAGGUUCAAUUUCAGUGCCUCCUAUGCCAAAGCAACAAACUUUAGAGAAAUGUAUUUAUUCAACCGCACUGGGGAUCCUAUGGUGCUGGAUUGGGCUAUUGGUACUGGAACAUGCAAUAAUUACAGCACGAUCAAUCAUACAUCAUAUGCCUGCGUCGACAGGAAUAGCGAAUGCAUUGACGCGCCCAAUGGUCUGGGGUAUCGCUGCGUUUGUUCCCAAGGCUACGAGGGCAAUCCCUACAUUGUCGAUGGAUGCAUAGAUAUCGACGAGUGUGCUUAUCCAGACGUGUAUUGCCAAGGUACAUGCAUUAACACUGUUGGAAGCUAUGAAUGUUCAUGCAGACCAGGAACUCAGAGCAAGGAUCCAAAGAGCACACCUUGCACCCCAAUUCCUGGGGCCAACCAGAAAACUGAAGUGAUGUUUGUGAUAGGUAUUUCCAUAUGUUCCAUUUGUAUCAUCAUUUGUAUCUCCAUUGUAAUCAUGAAGGAGUGUAAAAAAAGGCAGGUGGUGAAAGAGAAGGAGAGACACUUCAAAGAGAAUGGUGGUCCAAUAUUGUUUCAGCAAAUCCACUCUCGACAAAUUGACACAGUGAUAUUAUUCACAGUGGAAGAUUUGGAUAAGGCGACAAAAAAUUUUGACAAGAGCACAGAACUUGGCACAGGGGGCCAUGGCACUGUUUAUAAGGGCAAUCUAACUGACGAAAAAGUAGUGGCUGUGAAACGCUCAAAGAUUAUCAAUAUGGCCCAAGCCGAAGAAUUCAUUCAAGAGAUUAUCAUACUCUCACAAAUCAAUCACAGGAAUGUGGUAAGGCUUCUAGGUUGCUGCUUAGAGGUUGAAGUGCCCAUGCUGGUGUAUGAAUUUGUCCCAAAUGGCACUCUGUUUCAUUUACUCCAUAGUAGCUACAACAACCGACCACCUGUGCCACUCGAAGUUCGCCUCAGAAUCGCCCAAGAGUCUGCUGAUGCACUUGUUUAUCUCCAUCUCUCCACCGACCAUCCCAUAGUCCAUGGUGAUGUCAAGUCUCUAAACAUUCUCCUAGAUGAGAACUACACAGCAAAAGUGACCGACUUCGGAGCGUCAAGGAUGCUUCCCAAGGAUGCAGAUCAGCACAUGACAAUUGUACAAGGAACUCCUGGUUACCUAGAUCCAGAGUACCACAAGGAGCGGCACCUGACAGAGAAGAGCAAUGUUUAUAGCUUCGGGGUUGUGCUUCUAGAGCUGAUCACAGGGAAGAUGGCUAUAUACUCUGACGGUCAUAAGGAAAGAAUAAGCCUUGCAUCAUCCUUCAUGCUGGCAAUGAAGGAGAAUAGAGUAGGAGACUUGUUGGACACUAGUAUAAUGGGUGUGGGAACAGAGGAACUUCUCCAAGAAGUUGCUGAGCUUGGGAUAUGGUGCUUGAGCGACAAGGGGGAGGAGAGGCCUUCCAUGAUCCAAGUAGCCAACAAGCUGAAAGCUAUUCGGAGCAGUUGGAGGAAGCUAUUAUUGUUGUUGAAGCAUAACGAAACUGAACUCCUUAUCAAGAGGCAUAGCAGGCCGCCGGCGCGGGUGCACCCGCUGACGAAGAACCAUGCGUUGGAGCCGCCUCCACGCCGGCUCGAUGUGCUAGUGCUAAAGAAGCUUGGCAACCCCAAGGUUCAAGCUGUAGCAAUUCUUAAGGCUGGUGGAAUGUUAGUUGAUGAACUGAAGUCUACCCGGGCAAAGCUCCUGCAUGCCCAGCUUGCUCUUGAUAUUCUUCGUGGCAAUCACUUGAAUGACCAUAGUAAGGAUUUUGUUUUGCGAUCUGCACUACGCACUCUUCAUGAGCUAUCAAGUGCAUAUCCCAAGUCAUUGGUUGUUGGUCUGCAUUGUUCGAAGUUACUGGUUGUGCUUGGGCACCUCGAUACCGCUGAGAAGGAAUGUUGUAGGGCAUUCCACAUUGAUAAACCUGAUGACCCAAGGGACCACGACACCCCCCUUGGGAUCCACCAAGGGUUGGAAGUAUGA